AUGGAUAGACUUCGCAACACAGAUUCAAUUGAACAGUUCAACGAGCGAUUUAAAGGAUGGCGCAAUUGGAGCGGAUUUUGGCUCCUUGGAUUAUGCAACAACUUUGCAUAUGUGGUUAUGCUCAGUGCAGCUCAGGACAUUCUUAAAAAACAAGAGUCUGAAAACAAGACCAUGUUGAACGAUGUUACAUUGUCAAUGGAGUUUAAGGGUGUGAAUACUAGCAACACCACUUGUUAUGACUGCAAUUCUCUCUCAACAGCGGCUGUACUAUUAGCUGACAUACUUCCAACCCUCAUCAUUAAGAUGUCUGCGCCGCUCAUUAUCCACAAAGUGCCUUAUGGAUUUCGAAUCUUAUUCUGUGUCAUCAUGGCGACAACAAGUUUCCUUGUCGUUUCCUUCUCUUCAGCUGUGUGGAUGAGCAUUAUAGGUGUUAUUUUUGCAAGUACCAGCUCAGGAUUUGGAGAGUUAUCCUUCCUUUCGCUCACAGUCUACUACAGCAGGGAUGUACUUGGGGCGUGGGGCUCAGGCACUGGUGGGGCUGGUGUUGCAGGAGCCCUCCUUUAUUCAAGCCUGACUCAAGUUGGCCUUUCACCCCAGGUUACACUGUUAACCAUGCUGACCGUUCCAUUCACAAUGCUGAUUAGCUAUUUUUUCCUGCUGGUUCCACCACCUUUAUUUCCUCAGUGGAAACCUAGAGAAAGAGAUGUUGGCAUUGACACUUCUGAGGAAAGGGAAAGGCUAAUGGAUGGAUCCCAAGAAGAACAGGAAACAUGUAACCAAGAGGACAGGAGGUCUGGACUGCUUACUCUCUCGGAGAAACUGCAUGUAUUCAAAGGCUUGAUGCCAUUCAUAUGUGCCUUGGGACUGGUCUAUUAUGCUGAGUACUUCAUUAACCAGGGCUUGAUGGAGCUCCUGUAUUUCCGAAAGUUUUUCCUGACCCACGCAGAGCAGUAUCGCUGGUAUCAGACAAUUUAUCAAGUUGGUGUGUUUGUCUCUCGAUCCUCGCUUUGUUGUAUGAAGAUCAGGAAACUCUGGGUCCUUGCUUUUCUACAGGUGUUAAAUGCAGUGUUCCUCUUGUUGGAAGUGGGUUACCAAUUCCUGCCUAGUGCCUGGUUGGUGUUUGGGAUCAUCUUCUAUGAGGGUCUGCUGGGUGGAACUGCAUACGUUAACACCUUCUACUUCAUUAGCAAAGAGACUGAAGAUAGACAUCGAGAGUUUGCCAUGGCUGCAGCCAGUGUUGGAGACAGCGUGGGAAUAGCUUUGGCUGGAGUCACCGCUUUCCCUGUCCACAGAUACUUCUGUUCACUCUGA